CUCGAUGGGGCCGAAGGAAGAGCAGCACAUAAACCAUAGCAAGAGCUAUCCUAUCCAUGCUGCAUAAAUCUAUAAUUCUUUCCUAAGUGAGUUUGUCUGGUUUCUGUGCUAUACCGCAUCAUCUCGACGAACUGGUCAUUGACUGACAUCCGAACCUUGGUAGUGUUUGUUACUCUGGGAACGAUCCAGGGUAAGUACCUAGUAGAAUCAUAGACAGUACUUCGAAAGCUCCUCUAUCUUGCCUCAUAUGCUACAAACCCAGGUGAAGACUCCUACACAUGACUACACGACCCAUGGCCUAAGAGUAAAAAGUAAAACACCCGCAAAUCGAAGUUCGCUUCUCCACGCAACAUUCAGGCAUAAACACGCUAAUAUACCUUCACCCCCAACACAACAACGACGUAGCGCGAUCGGUUCCCCUUCAUUCCCAACUAACCGACGGAAGGCUAGUAUAACCCCUUCGCUCCACUUUCGCGGAGAAUUAUUGAAUCCUGCCGAAAUCCCGCGUGCCGGGCCGGGAAAUUAAGCCUUUCUAGUCCUUCGCGUGUGCUACCGGAACUAGCAAGGGCGGCAUUGGCAGAAAAGCUUGUAAGGCAUUGGAAACCCCCCCAAUUAAAAAAAGAAUAAAAUAAAAUCAGGGAUACAGGAAUGGUGGGUGAGACAAUGUGAGACAAAUUGAUGAGAAUGGGGAGGGAACGUGAGG